AUGGUGAACCUAAUGAAGCGGAUGCGAAAGCUGAAGACACUUCUCAAUGUUCGCCUUGGUCCCGGCGCGGCCAUUCUUCCCUCCCCUACCUCGUCAACGAAAGAAUUCCCACCCGUCACGCGCAUGCACUUGACGUACGCGAAGAAGAUCUAUGGAGGCCACCAGGGAGCGAGGCACUUCUGGCGCAACUGCCUGACGCGGUUAAAGUACCACAAUCCGGGCGUCCGGAUGACGGUGAAGCAGACGACUGAGCAGGAGGGUCCCGCCGCCCUCACCAUCUUUUUCUCGGAGCGGUUGAGCAGCACCGCCGCCGAGCAUGCGGCCAAUAUCAAUGACAAGUACGCACCCGCUCCGUCACCGACGGAGAAGGCUGUCGUUAUCGACGCCAAGAACAUUGAUUACAAGGAAAUCUGGAGACGAGUAAAGGCUGUGACGGGUGCGCAGGACGUGGAGGCGACGCCAGAGGAGAAGGCAGAAUUGGAAAAGCUGGAAGAAAUGCGCAAACAGUCUGAAAUCGACCGAGCUCGGGUGGCUGCAAUUCGACAGGCAAAGAAGGACCAAGAGCGGAUGCUACAAGAAGCCAGAGGAGAGGUGGAGAGGUUAAGGCAGUUGUGA